ACCAGACUAUGGGCUCAGUUAGCUUGCACCUCUAGUGGGGGAAACAAUUUUUGGGUGACAGGUGCCCUUUAAUAAGUGGCAUUGCCUUGUUACUGGCACUAAUGUAGUGGUGACGUCACAAUUAGCUCUGCCCUAAACUGCAGGGCUUCCAGGGAAAUUAAACUGUACAGUUAUUUACUGAGAAUCGGGACGUCUCCUUUAUAGAACAAAAGGUACAAUCAACAUGGCACCUCUGUACUUCUACUUCUUCCUCCUCUCAGUGGUUACAGCAAGUGCAGGAUCUUCCAUCAAACCCUUUGUGAGCUUUGAGCCGAACUGGGCCACGGUAUUCACCAAGGAAUCUGUAACUCUCACCUGCAACGUGGAUCCCCCUGAACCAAGAGACCAGAUCUAUUACUGGUACAGGGACAACCAGAUCAUCCCGUUGUAUCUUGGAAGAAGGAGAGUUAAGAUUGACCAUGUCAAACAAGAACAUGGAGGAAGAUAUCAGUGUCAGACUCUUACUAGUGAUAAGAGUGAACCUGUCAGACUUCAAGUUGCUCAUAGUUGGCUCACACUGAAAGUACCAAUGUUUGUAUUUGAAGGGGAUGAAUUAUAUGUGUCCUGUGCAGGGUAUCCUGGGUAUUCUGCCAGAGACGCUGUGUUGUACAAGGACAAUGAGGUUAUAGGAUCCUCUCCCUCUGAUGCCGAUUUUCUGGUUGGAAGAGCAAACAUGACAACGAGUGGUUUGUACAGAUGCACCCGACAAGUGAAGGACGGCCUCAUUUAUUAUAGUUAUGCUAGUGAAGAACAAAUUGCUGUGAAAGAGUUGUUCUCCAAACCAGUGAUGAAAGUGAAUCCCAAUCAUCCGACAGAAGGAGAUCACAUGACCAUAACAUGUGACACAAAGCUCAGCCCACACAGAGAGACUACAGAGCUACAGUUUGUUUUCUACAGAAAUGGGCACAAAGUGCAGGGAUUCAGUUUAUCCAACCAAUAUGGAGUCCCCUCAGCUCAGCUGGAGGAUUCUGGGAAUUAUACCUGUGAGGUCAGAACAAAUAACAACACUGUGAGGAAGACGAGCGAUGAGAUCAGUGUCCAGAUGGCAGAGUUGUUCACUGUCCCACAAAUAAAAGUGAGCUCAGAUCAGGUGACAGAAGGAGAUCACAUGACCAUAACAUGUGACACAAAGCUCAGUCCACACAGAGAGACUACAGAGCUACAGUUUGUUUUCUACAGAAAUGGGCACAAUGUGCAGGGAUUCAGUUUAUCCAACCAAUAUGGAGUCCCCUCAGCUCAGCUGGAGGAUUCUGGGAAUUAUACCUGUGAGGUACAAACUCCAACUGGCAGUGUGAGGAAGAGGAGCAAUGUGUCACAUAUCCACAUACAGGAGCUAUUCAGAACCCCACAAAUAAAAGUGACCCCAGAUCAGGUGACAGAAGGAGAUCACAUGACCAUAACAUGUGACACAAAUCCCAUAAAUACCACAGAGCUGCAGUUUGCUUUCUAUAUCAAUGGGACAGUGGUGCAGGAAUUCAGUUCAUCUCAUGAAUACAGAGUUCCCUCAGCUGCACCAAAGGAUUCUGGGAAAUAUACCUGUGAGGUACAAACUCCAACCGGCAGUGUGAAGAAGAGGAGCAGUGAGUUCUAUAUCCAGUUACAAGCUCUGCUGAUGGGGAACAUGGGAGCUGCAGCCAGACCGGUGAUUUCCUUCUCCCCAAACUGGACCCCAAUACUCGCUGGUGAUAAUGUAACUCUGACCUGUAACGGGGCCCCUCCUGCACAAGGGAAUGAGAAAUAUUCCUGGUACAGAGACAAUAACCCAAUACCAGGAGAGGAACAGCAGAACUAUAUUAUCCAGAGGGCCCAGCAGAGAGAACACAGUGGGAGGUACCAGUGUCAGACCAGUGAGAGAAGUGCUGCCAUUAAUCUGACAGUUAGUGAUGAUAAAGUCGUCCUGCAGGCGCCCCCUGGUGUCCAUGAGGGGGAGGAACUGACUCUCAGAUGUUACACUCGUCCUGAAUAUAAAAAAACAAACACAUUAGUUUUUUACAAGAACAAUUCAAUCAUUCAGUCUCUGGGCUCAGACUAUUUAGUGCUUGGGAGAGCACAGACACAUAUGUCGGGUUCAUACAAAUGUAGAACAAAAAUAUAUGAUAAGUCUGUGGGUUACACUAUCAAUUACACAUCUGCUGAGGAACAUCUUUUAGUCACAGAGUUGUUCACUGUCCCACUAAUAAAAGUGAGGCCAGUUCAGGUGACAGAAGGAGAUCACAUGACCAUAACAUGUGACACAAAGCUCAGCCCACACAGAGAGACUACAGAGCUACAGUUUGUUUUCUACAGAAAUGGGCACAAUGUGCAGGGAUUCAGUUUAUCCAACCAAUAUGGAGUCCCCUCAGCUCAGCUGGAGGAUUCUGGGAACUAUACCUGUGAGGUACAAACUCCAACCGGCAGUGUGAGGAAGAGGAGUAACAUGACUCUUAUCUGGAUACAGGAGCUUUUCCCUAAUCCAUUGAUAAAAGUGAGUCCAGAUCAGGUGACAGAAGGAGAUCACAUGACCAUAACAUGUGACACAAAGCUCAGCCCACACAGAGAGACUACAGAGCUACAGUUUGUUUUCUACAGAAAUGGGCACAAUGUGCAGGGAUUCAGUUUAUCCAACCAAUAUGGAGUCCCCUCAGCUCAGCUGGAGGAUUCUGGGAAAUAUACCUGUGAGGUACAAACUACAACUGGCAGUGUGAGGAAGAGGAGCAGAGAGGCUCAUAUCUACAUACAGGGCCACUCUCUGCUGAAUAUUAUCAGACUGAUAUUGUCCUGUAUUAUAUUCAUAUGGACUGUGUGUCUGAUCUUCCACCAUAUAAAGACAGUUGGAUCAACAGAACGUGCAGAGAUGGAGGGAAUGGAAAUGGAAAAUACACAUGGAAUGGCAAACACACAGCUGCAUGGAGAGAUAACAGCACAACGACAACACCUGGCAAAUGAGUUUCUAUUGAAAUAAUGUCUAUAAUUAGGAUUGGGACUACAAUUAGACAACUAG